ACGGGGCGCAGGGGUCCUUCUCCACCGGUCCCUGCAGACGGCAGCACACAGGACUGUCACUGGGGCGCCCCACACGGGCUCUCCUCCCACACGUCCAGCCUCCAGUGACGGGAGGAGGAGCUGGGCCCCCGCACUGAUUUAUAGCUCUGCCGGCAGGCUCGGUGCUGGGACACGCCAAUGCCGGGGACGCCGCGGGCUGCCUGCACCCUGUUGCUCUCACUGCUGCUGGGCUGCGCCGGGCCGGCGGGCGCCACCACCAGAACCUAUCACAUUGGCGUCGUGGAAGAGUACUGGGACUACGUGCCCCAGGGCAAGAAUGUCAUCACUGGGACCAGCUUUGCAGAGGACAAGCUGGCCACCUUGUUUCUGGAGCGAGGGCCCAACCGGAUAGGCGGGCUGUACAAGAAGGCCGUGUACAGGCUGUACACGGAUGCCACCUACAGCACAGAGCUGCCCAAGCCGGCCUGGCUGGGCUUCCUGGGCCCCGUGCUGAGGGCCGAGGUGGGUGAUGUGGUGGUCGUCCACCUGAAGAACUUCGCCUCACGCCCCUACUCCCUGCACCCGCACGGCGUGUUCUACGACAAGGACUCGGAGGGAGCCCUGUACCCAGACGGGACGUCUGGCAGGAACAAGAAGGAUGACAUGGUUCCUCCUGGCAAAAACUACACGUACGUGUGGCCCGUGAGGGAGGAGUACGCGCCCACCCCGGCCGAUGCCAACUGCCUGACCUGGGUGUACCACUCGCACAUCGACGCCCCCAAGGACAUCUGCUCGGGACUCAUCGGCCCGCUGCUGGUGUGCAAGAAAGGGAUCCUGAACCCAUAUUCUGGGGCAAGGAUGGAUGUGGACCGUGAGUUUGUCAUCAUGUUCACGCUGGUAGACGAGAACCAGAGCUGGUACCUGGAUGAGAACAUCCAGCAUUUCUGCACUGAACCCUCCUCCGUGAACAAGGACGAUGCCGUCUUCCAGCGCAGCAACAAGAUGCACGCCCUCAAUGGAUUCCUGUUCGGGAACCUCCCCGAGCCCCAGGCGUGCGUGGGCGAGUCGGUGUCCUGGCACCUGUUCGGCAUGGGGAACGAGAUUGACAUCCACUCCAUCUACUUCUACGGCAACACCUUCGUCAGCAGGGGCCACCGCACCGAUGUGGUCAAUCUGUUCCCUGCCACCUUCCUGACGGCUGACAUGCUCGUGGAGAACCCCGGCAGGUGGAUGAUAACCUGCCAGGUCAGCGACCACCUGCAAGCCGGCAUGCUGGGGCAGUACAGUGUAGACAGCUGCAAACGGGACGCCCCCCACACUGAGGUGCACGGCCAGCACAGGCGCUACUUCAUCGCCGCGGAGAAGGUGCUGUGGAAUUAUGCCCCUCUGGGCUACGACAGGUUCAGCGGGCAGCCCCUCAACGCCUCUGGCAGCGAGGCCAGCGUCUACUUCACACGUGGGGAGAACAGGAUUGGUGGCACCUACUGGAAGGCUCAGUACGUGGAGUACGUGGACGCCACCUUCAAGCAGAGGAAGAGACGCACGGAGGCCGAGGCCCACCUCGGGAUCCUGGGCCCCGUCAUCAGGGCGGAGGUGGGUGACACCCUUCUGGUGACCUUCGCCAACAAGGCAGACCGGGCCUACAGCAUCCUGCCCCACGGCGUGUUCUACGACAAGGCCUCGGACGCGGCCCCCAAUGCAGACGGGUUUGUGAAGCCAGGAGCACACGUGAAGCCGGGCCAGACCUUCACGUACCGGUGGACAGUGCCCAAGAGUGUGAGCCCCACGGCCGGGGACCCGCCAUGCCUCUCCUACCUGUACUUCUCAGCCGUGGACCCUAUCAAGGACACCAGCUCCGGCCUGGUGGGGCCCCUGCUGGUCUGCAAGAAGGGAGUCCUGAGUGCCGACGGUACCCAGAAAGGGGUAGACAGGGAGUUCCACCUGCUCUUCACCGUCUUCGAUGAGAACCUGAGCAGAUACCUUGACGAGAACAUCCAGAAGUUCUCCUGGCGCCCCUUCAGCGUGGACAGGGAGGACAAGGACUUUGUGAAGUCCAACCGCAUGCACGCCAUCAACGGCUACAUGUACGGCAACCAGCCGGGCCUGAGCAUGUGCCAGAGGGACAGGGUGUCCUGGCACCUGAUGGGCAUGGGCACCGACACCGACAUGCACGGGGUCUACUUCCAAGGCAACACCCUCCUGCUUCGGGGGGCUCACCGGGAUAGCCUGGCCCUGUUCCCACACGUCUCCACCACCACCUUCAUGCAGCCUGACCACGCAGGUCUGUUCAGGGUGUUCUGCUCCACUCUGGGCCACUUCUCCAAAGGCAUGAACCAGAUGUAUGAGGUCGGCAGCUGCGGCAUGAAGGACCCCGCCGAGCAGCCCUAUGGGAUGAUGCGGACCUUUUACAUCGCCGCUGAGGAGGUAGAAUGGGAUUAUGCCCCCAACAAAAACUGGGAGUUCGAAAAGCAGCACUUGGACGCCGGAGGGGAAAGGCAUGGAGACAUAUUCAUGAACCACACCGAGAACUGGAUCGGCUCCCAGUACAAGAAGGUGGUGUACCGGGAGUACACCAACGGGGAGUUUGUGGAGAUCAAGGCCCGGCCCCCUCAGGAGGAGCACCUGGAGCUCCUGGGCCCCAUGAUCCAUGCAGAGGUGGGCGACUCCAUCCUCAUCAUCUUUAAGAACAAGGCGGAGCGGCCCUACUCCAUCUGGGCCCAUGGCGUGGAGGCCGUGGACAGCGGGAAGCAGCUGCAAGUGCCCGCCACCAAGCCAGGAGAAAUCAGGACGUACCGAUGGAACGUCCCAAAGAGAUCGGGCCCCGGGCCCUCGGACCCCAACUGCAUCCCCUGGCUGUACUACUCCACGGUGGACUUUGUGAAGGACAUGUACAGCGGCCUGAUGGGCCCGCUGAUCACCUGCAGAGAAGGCGUGCUCAACGACAAGGGGAGGAGGAGCGACGUGGACCACGAGUUUGUCCUCCUGUUUCUGGUCUUCAAUGAGAACGAGUCCUGGUACCUGGGCGACAACAUCAAGAAGUACCUCAACAAGGACCCUCGGGACUUCAGGCCCGCGGAUGACUUUGAAGAGAGCAACAGGAUGCACGCCAUCAACGGGAAGAUUUUUGGGAACCUCCAUGGCCUGGUCAUGAAUGAAGACAGCAUGACAAACUGGUACCUGCUGGGGCUAGGCAGCGAGGUGGACAUCCACACCGUCCACUACCAUGCCGAGAGCUUUCUCUUCAAAAUAGACACGUCUUACCGGGAAGACGUGUACGACCUCUUUCCUGGCACCUUCCAAACCAUCGAGCUGUUUGCUGACCACCCCGGUACGUGGCUUCUGCAUUGCCACGUCUCCGACCACAUCCACGCCGGCAUGGAGACUACCUACACGGUGCUGCGGAACACGGCCUCCUUCCAGGGGCCGGUCCAGCCCAGCCACGGAGCCCCCCAAAGGCCCCCCCGGCCAGGAGCACCUCUACUUCUUUGGCAAGCAGCUGGGGCCACGAGGAGCCAAGGCCGCCCUGGUGAUUCUCUUCCUCCUGGGGCUGCUGCUGCUGGGCCUGUCGCUGGCUCUGCUCCUCAGGCUACGCUCCGAGCGCCAGAGGGGAGCCUACCGGGAGGUGCAGACCUGCGCGCUCCCCACCGAGGCCCUGUGACCCUUGUCCCCCCCCCCGUCUGUCUAGGCAUCCCAGGACACAGCAGGUGCUUGUGUUUUAUUUAUUUCCCUGUGGGCUGUGUGGCCUGCGGUGCCAGCAUGAAGGAGGCUGCUCUUAUUACGUGUCAGCCGAGGGGAGCCCCUCUGCCUGUACCCCCCACCCCAGUGUGCGUUCAGCCUCCUCCCCUGCCUGGGAGCCACAGCCGGACGCAGUGCCAGCCCACCGGUGAGCCCUUCCCGGCUGUCCAGGGACAGGACGUGCCAGCCGCUGCUGGAAGUGGCUCACCUUCCGCCUCUCCUGUAAGCGCCUGCUGCUGUUCCUCACAGAAGGCAAAGUCACACACAUUUGACAAAGUUGCUGCUGUCUGCACACAGGCCUGUGGAAAUACUUGAAUGUUCA